AUGGUGCUGGUGGGUGAUAAUGCUGGUGGUGAUGGCAAUGGUGAUGGUGUUGACAAUAGUGGUGGUGAUGAUGGCCAUGGUGGUGAUGGUAAUAGUGAUGGUGGUGAUGGUGUUGACAAUGGUGGUGAUGAUUGUAAUGGUGAUGGUGUUGACAAUAGUGGUGGUGAUGGUAAUAGUGAUGGUGUUGACAAUAGUGGUCAUGGUGGUGAUGGUAAUAGUGAUGAUGGUGCUGGUGGGUGAUAAUGCUGGUGGUGAUGGCAAUGGUGAUGGUGUUGACAAUAGUGGUGGUGAUGAUGGCCAUGGUGGUGAUGGUAAUAGUGAUGGUGGUGAUGGUGUUGACAAUGGUGGUGAUGAUUGUAAUGGUGAUGGUGUUGACAAUAGUGGUGGUGAUGGUAAUAGUGAUGGUGUUGACAAUAGUGGUCAUGGUGGUGAUGGUAAUAGUGAUGAUGGUGCUGGUGGGUGAUAAUGCUGGUGGUGAUGGCAAUGGUGAUGGUGUUGACAAUAGUGGUGGUGAUGAUGGCCAUGGUGGUGAUGGUAAUAGUGAUGGUGGUGAUGGUGUUGACAAUGGUGGUGAUGAUUGUAAUGGUGAUGGUGUUGACAAUAGUGGUGGUGAUGGUAAUAGUGAUGGUGUUGACAAUAGUGGUCAUGGUGGUGAUGGUAAUAGUGAUGAUGGUGCUG